AUGGAUUCAGAAUCUGAAAGAAUCGUUUCUGAAAGUAAUACUUAUUAAGGCGAGGUUCCUAGACUCCUGAUUCAAUUUACCGCAGAAGCUUUGCAGAUGAUAAAAGCAGAAAGAUAUAAAGAAGCUCUAGAAGUUUUGUCAAAAAGUGAAGAAUUAUUAGAAGCAGUCGUAACACAGGGAGGAUGCAUAGACCAAGAUACAGUCCUUAUCACUUUGCAUAGCACAGCCCUCUGCUAUCAAAGGCUUGAUUUGCUUGAAGAAUGUUCAGCUUAUCUAGACGGAUGCGUAUUUAACGCCAAAUACAAAAGUGUUCUAGCUUCCCAAGACCCUUCUACCAGAGUUUUUGGCUGGCAUUUAGCUGAUAAGCUGUUUAAAUACAAAUAUCAGUGCAAAACUCAUAUCCAGCUAUGUGCAACGCUGUCACAGCUGAAUAAGCAUGACCUAGCUCUACAUCAUGCUAAACAAGCAGCAAAGUUUGCAUAUUCAAUUUUUCAGCACCUUUAUAAAGUAUGUACAGAUUAUGGCGUCAAAGGGAAAAAAACAAAUAAAUUAUACUUUUCAGCCUUAUUUUGCCCUAAUAGUCUUAGAACAAUAAAUAUACAGAAAAAGUGAAGAAAAAAGCAUAAAAUCUGCUGCAGACAUUUCCUCUAAUAGGAUUUCUGAUCAAAAAAAUGAGCAGUUAAUUGAUGUCAUUAGCAAAGCGAUGCCUGCAAUAGAGUAUGUUUUUAACAAAGCCAGUGGAAAAACAGAAAAAAAGCCUGGAAAACCGUUGAAAAUCGAUAUGAGAUCUGUACUUGGAGUGCAGCAUUAUAACGAUUGGAUUCAUUCUUACAAUAUUGGUGAUCUAAUGACAAUUGAGCCUAUAACACUGCAAGAAAUAAAGAUUUCAAAUGGGAUAAUUGGAGAGCUGUCUAAAGACUCUAUUUUUGAAAAUGUCUGUCUUAUUGUUGUAACAUAUUUUUGCAUAGCUACUGAAAUAAGAUUUAUAUGCUCUGUUGAACACUCAGAGCUGAAAGUUGUAGAAAGCCAAGUUUGGCACUUCAGAGCUCUAGACAUCGCAAAGGCUUUGCUGCCUAAAGUUAAAGUUUAUACUCGCCAUAAGAGGGUUAGCCCAUUAGCGUAGCAUCUUGGGCUCCAAAAGGUUGCCCUUUUGGCUAAAAUUAUUUAAGGGGCAAGCCUGUCUAGCCCAUCUGGUAGUGACAGGAAACCUUCGGGGAGAAAACAAAACUUCCCUCUUCGGCAGGCAUCCACAAAUCCAAAGGCCUACUUCAAUAAGAGAUAGAGGUCUAUUUUCAGCUCCAUCGAAUUGGAUCCUACCUGCUCCACAGGUAGUGCGCCUAGAAGUCCAAAAUCUGUCAACGUCACCGUUUUAUUUCUCUUUGCUACCUAAGGAAUCUCCACUUUUAUCUCAUAUCAAGCAAAGCUACAAUAAGCAUUAUCCACUAAAGCCAUCAAAAGCCAAAGUUACUAAAAGGAAAUCACAAUUAAGAUUAAGAUUAAGAUUACGCUGGGUAUUUAAGGUCCUUACUACGUCCGAGGAAGCAUUCCACGGUUUCCCGUGUGGUGGCAGAGCGUUCACCAAGCCCGGGCCGAAACCCCCGGUUUCUCGGUAGAGGUAUUGUCAAGGGCCGUCUUAUACCGGCUUUGCUGACCACCUCCAUUUCCAAUAUGAUCGUCGCCUAAGUUUACGCCAACACUGCAGCGUCGUCCGCCAGAUCUGCCCAUUGAACGGCACCUUUUCAAUUGGAGAGACCCCCGUUUAGUUGUCUAACUCGCCUUCCCCUCUUUUCCGGUCAUCCCGAGAAAGAACUCAACAGCUUUCGCCAUUCGGGGCGAGCCACAAAAGCAGCUUAGGCAGGUAAGUCGCCCUGCCUCAUUUCGGGCACUCACUGGGCUGAGCGCUGCUGGCAAAAAGAAGUCACGAGUAACUGCCCAUGGGUCUGGUCGCAAAAACAGCGGCUUUCGCGCUUAGGCCUCUCGCUUCGAGGUCCCAGACAUUGUUGGGCUAACUCCUGGCUCCAAAAACCAUGCCCGGAUAUACAUAGGUAACCACCAUUGAGAGGGUGGGUCGGUCGCCAUACGCCAUUUUAUGUAUAUUGGAAUCACAAUUAAAAAUGGAAUGUAUGAGUUAGGGGUUCUGUCCCCUAUACUUGUCCUAGUGAGGGAAGUUCAGUCUUCCUGAAGGAAAUCAGCGUUGAACUGCUUCGGCAGCUCCAAGUGUACUUGAAUCACAUUCAAGGCAAGAAGAGAGACUCGUCUGGGCCAUAGGCUAGUGUAACGGUUCGACGGUUAGGCCGAUUCCACCUACCGUUGUUCAGAGCUGUACGCCAGUGGAUGGAAUUCAUGAAGGGUGAGCUUGUAUUGUUAGAUCCUAAGAUAAGUGGGGUCGACAACGAGUAAUCGUAAUCUUAAUCUUAUCCCAAAAGGAAUAACAAGCUUGAAGUUUCUUUCACAAACCGAGGAAAAUCACCACUCAGAGACCCUAGUGUUAAGAAAAUCUAUACAAGACCUCUUUCAGCUAAAAGAACACGGAAUCCCCAAGAAAAGGUCAAUGAAAUUACCCCAAUCAGAACAAGAACCCCAAUCCGUCCUAACACUGCAAAAGCAGAUGUACAAACUGCCACAAAAAGCCCCAAACAAAAGCAAGAAGCUUACACAGAAAGAAUUCCCCAAGCCAAAAAAAUUGAGUUAGUGAAAGGCAGCGAUCACACAAAGAGUGAGCUUUCUAUUGAACAAAAAAAAUCCAAGCCCCAAGAAACUGCAGCAGCUGAUACUUCUUCUAAUGAUUUUAUAUCUAUUACACAGCCAGCUGAAAGAUCAUCAAGUUCUGAAGGGUCUUUUGAUGCUGAUUUCUUCAAGGAAAAUUUUGUGAUUUCUUCUAAUGAGCUAUAUGGAGUCAAAUCUGAUUCAGAAGAAGAAAUAGCUGAUUCCAACAUUCUACAGAGCAAUAUAAAGGAAGAACUUCAAGAGCCUCCUCGAAAAGAAAGCAAAAACGACUAUAUGCCACUGAUAAGACUUCUAAAAUCAGAGCCUAAAGAAACUCGAAUUGUGAGCAGCACUGGAGGCCACAACUAG